AUGAAUAAUUCAAUUGCUUGUCUUCCACAUGCGGAUGGCCUCUUUGGCCCUCGGAUCGAUUCAUGCCAAAGGCUAUUUGACUUCACGCUGCUCUUCGAGCAGAGCAUUCUCACCGUCGUUGGUUAUAUCGGUACUUUUGUAUCUUCAAAUUGCCACAUUAGCGUUAUGGAUAGUUUCCAAGGGCCAACAAACAAUCGUGUCUGUGCCGGCAGCCGCGCUGUCAGUAACCGCAACUGUUGGACUCGCAGUACUGUCAAAUCUGGAGAGCAACCGAUCUACACGACCUUCGUUUGUGAUUUGUACCUACCUCCUUGUAUCUACGCUUUUAGAUAUAGCCCAAACAAGAACACUCUGGUUGCAACAUGGAAGCACGACAUUGUCGGCAUUAUCUACAUGCAGUGUGCUUGUCAAGAGGCAAAAAUACAAACAGCAUGGCGAAGACAAUCCCCGGAUGGAAAAUAUUCCCUACUCUUCACCAUACUCGCAUCUUUUAAAGUUCCUCUGCUCACACUUAUCUUUCCACAACGCAUUGGGACUGGAUUCAGCACCGUUGAUAGUUUAUGGGCUGGACCCGUUGAAGCUGGGAUUGCGAUAUAUCUUUUGCAGCGAGAGUCAGGGCUAGCUUGCAUUGCGCCCGUCAUUGUCUCACUCUCAUGCACUGUUGGAGCAUUUUUAGUUAUGAAAUGGGCGAAGCAUACGCAGAAGGAAUGGGUAGAAGCAGUCCAGAAACGUGUUGCAAUCACAUCUUCCGCCCUUAAGUCAAUAAGAGGUAUCAAAAUGCAGGGGCUUACAGCACGGUUGGCAAAAGACUUACAAGAACUUCGGGUUGAGGAACUCGAGUAUGCAAAGCCGUUCCGUAGAAACAUCAUUGUCACAGCAGUAACAUCCAACAUCACUACCCUUUGCGGACCAGCCAUAACGUUCAUUGUUUAUAUCCUCAUUGAGAGAACCAAGGAUUCCGCAACUCUUAAUAUCAGUCAGACCUUCACCAGUCUGUCUCUGAUUUCUUUAUUAAGUACACCUGUCUCAGAAAUGGUUCAAACUGUUCCUACAUUUGCCGCUGCGAUGGGAUGUAUGGAAAGAAUCCAGACGUAUAUCAGGAUAAAAGACCGCAGUGACCCUAGAUUUACCAGCCCGGAUUCUGAAUUCAAUUCGAUAACUGUGAAGUCUCGAGACAACGUCAACAUCUCCUCCAAUGAGAUCGAGUUGCAGAAAAUAGAUGUAAUGCCCGCCAUUCCGGUCAAUGCUCGUAGCGAAAGUAUCGUCUCAAUCAAGGAUGCAUCGUUCUUUUUCUCACAUGAUGGUGCACCAGUUCUCAAAGACAUCAAGCUUGAAAUUCCUCGCGGUACCUUGACGAUGGUUAUAGGUGCUAUAGGAAGUGGAAAGUCAUGUCUUCUAAAGGUAAUUCUUGGAGAGUUAACCAGCAGCAAAGGGUUUGUAUUUGCAAAUACUUCGAGCAUUGCCUUUUGUUCUCAAACACCAUGGUUGCCUAAUAGCAGCUUACAUGAACUCGUGCUUGGGUGUUCGAGUUAUGAUGAGGCUUGGUACAACGCGGUUAUCACCGCUUGCAUGCUUCAUCAUGAUAUUGUGAGCUUUUUGGAUGGUGAGAGAACAAUGAUCGGCAGUGAUGGAGCUGCUCUCAGUGGCGGACAAAAGCAGAGAGUAGCCUUGGCACGUGCCCUGUAUUCUAGAAGGGGAUUGCUUUUGGUCGAUGAUGUAUUCAGUGGUCUAGAUUAUAAAACCAACCAGGCUGUGUUUCGCAAUGUCUUUGGUAGAGAAGGUCUUUGUAGAUUGCAUAACAUCACUGUAGUUCUUGCUACACACGCCGUUGAACAUCUGCAAUCUGCCGACAACAUCGUUAUCCUCUCUAAUAGUGGUACUUUUCUAGAGCAGGGAAAAUUUCAAGGGUUACGAGAAAACGAAGAUAGCUAUAUCAAGAACUUAAUUUUUCAUGAGCGUUCAGAUAAGGAUUCAUAUGCAGAGACAGAUGAGGCUCCUGCUGUAGUCAAGACGCAGACUAAAGCUGAACCGCUCAACAUAAGCGACAUUAAUCGUCAAGAUGGUGACGCCAGUGUUUAUUUUUAUUUUGCCAAGUCCGAUAUGAGUCUAAUCGAUAUGAAGUUAUUAAUCGGUAUAGUUGACACAUUUGCAGGCUCAUUCAUGGCAAUUGCUCAAGCAAUACUCAUCGCUAUUGGUGCCAAGUAUGUAGGAGUUAUCCUUCCAUUAAUCCUCGGAAUCCUAUACAUUCUACAAAAAGUAUACUUGAGGACAUCAAGACAACUUCGGUUGCUAGAUCUCGAAUCUAAAUCGCCACUCUACUCCCACUUCACCGAGACACUUAGUGGCGUUACGACAAUUCGUGCUUUUGGCUGGCAAGCUCAAUCAGCCGAGAAGAAUCGGAAGCUUCUUGAUAUCUCCCAAAAACCUUAUUACUUGCUCUAUUGUAUACAAAGAUGGCUCAGUCUUGUAUUAGAUCUCAUCAUCGCCGGCAUUGCCGUCAUUCUUAUAACAUUUGCAACACAGAUGCGUGGGACCACUAGUGCAGGUACCCUAGAAACUUCUAUUGGUGCUGUAGCCAGGGUAAAGAGCUUUGAAGCAAAUACUUUGUCGGAAAAUGGACCUUUGGAGGUUAACCUACCACCAUCCGAAUGGCCCAUCAAGGCUAAAGUCGAGUUCAAAGAUGUCACUGCGAUAUACGGUAUUGGUGAAUCUGCUGUGUGUAAUGUUUCAUUUUCCAUCGAGAGUGGUACGAAAAUGGGUAUCGUUGGGAGGACUGGGUCUGGGAAGUCUUCCCUCAUAUUGGCACUCUUCCGAAUGCUUGAGCUCAAAACAGGAGAUAUCCUCAUUGAUAACCUAUCCAUUUCUACUCUGGACCGGCAAUCCGUACGCUGUUCAUUCAUCACUAUCCUUCAAGAACCCUACUUCCUCUCUGCUACUAUCGGCUUUAAUGCCGGUCCUUUUCACUCGUUAGACAAGAAAUCCAUCCAAAUUGCACUCUCUCGUGUUGGACUCUGGGACAUAAUACGUGAAAAUGGAGGUCUAGAAGCACCCAUGACCGCAGCACCUCUUAGUCAAGGCCAACAACAACUUUUCCGCAUCGCAAGAUCAAUCAUAAGGAAAUUGGCGCUGGGAAACAAGAAUCAUGGUAUCUUGGUGUUAGAUGAGGUGACGAGUAAUGUUGAUUCUGGUACUGAGGAGAUCAUGUUGAAGAUUUUAGAAGAGGAGUUUAAGGGAUGGACGGUAUUGGCUGUGGCUCAUCGAUUGGGUACCAUUAGGGGUUAUGAUAGGGUUUUGGUGCUUGGUAAGGGGUGUGUUGUGGAGGAUGGGACACCGGAUGAAUUGAUUCAGAUGGAGGGGGGUUUGUUUAGGGAAUUGUGGGAAAGUGGCUUUGGGAAGGUGGAUAGUGUGUAG